CCACAAGAAAAUGUUUGUAAGGUGGAGGAGGACGGGGUUUUCAGUGACCAGCACCUGGAUAACCUGGAGAGGAGCUGCAGCCCGGACCAGGAGGAACCAGGGCAUCCACAGACUACAGAACUGGAGGAAGACUCCAGCGGUCAGGAGAUUAAGCACGAGGACGUAGAGGUGGAUGUUCCAUUGGUCAAUGUCGCUGUUGUGAAAGUUGAAAAUGAUGAACCAGGACCAAACUGUGUCCAGCUGCUGUUGCACACUUCUCCUGAAGCUCAAAACAAAGAUGAGGAAGGGACUGAAAUUUAACGCUCAGACUCCAGUAAAACUGCAGAUCCGGAGCCGAUGAGACGACACAGUGACCACGAAGAUGCUGGUGUCCCGUCAGACAGCAACUGUAAAUCAAAGUUGAUCAGGACCCACGCGGGGAAGAAGGCAUUUUCUUGCAGCACUUGCAGGAAAGAGUUCAGUAAAAGUAGUAUUUUAAUGGAUCACAUGAAGAUCCACACUGGCAAAAGGCAGUACCUGUGCAACACCUGCGGAAAAUCGUUUAGAAAGUCAUCAACGUUCAAGAAGCAUAAAAUUAUCCACACCGGCGAGAAGCCCUACAUCUGCAAAACAUGUGGAAAAAGUUACACAGAACAUUCCACCCUGAUUAUUCACUCGAGGACCCACACUGGUGAAAGGCCGUACCUGUGCAACACCUGCGGAAAAACCUUUACUAAAUCAUCAAAUCUUAAACGCCACAUAACCACGCACACGGGCGAGAAGCCCUAUAUCUGCAAAACAUGUGGAAAAAGUUACAGGCUACAUUCCACCCUGCUGACUCACUCAAGGACCCACACUGGCGAAAGGCCGUACCUUUGCAACACCUGCGGAAAAACCUUUACUACAUUAUCAGCUCUUAAACGGCACAUAACCACGCACACGGGCGAGAAGCCCUACAUCUGCAAAACAUGUGGAAAAAGUUACAGGCAAGUUUCCCACCUGGCGGUUCACUCGAGGAUCCACACCGGUGAAAGGCCGUACCUGUGCAACACCUGCAGGAAAACCUUUACUAAAUCAUCACAUCUUAAACGGCACAUAACCACGCACACGGGCGAGAAGCGGUAUUUGUGCAAGACGUGCAACAAAGGUUUUAGCCGCAGAUUUGAUUUGCUGAGUCACAUGAAAAAUCCACAAGAAAAUGUUUGUAAGGUGGAGGAGUACGGGGUUUUCAGUGACCAGCACCUGGAUAACCUGGAGAGGAGCUGCAGCCCGGACCAGGAGGAACCAGGCCAUCCACAGACUACAGAACUGGAGGAAGACUCCAGCGGUCAGGAGAUGAAGCACGAGGACGUAGAGGUGGAUGUCUCAUUGGUCAAUGUCGCUGAUGUGAAAGUUGAAAUUGGUGAACCAGGACCAAACUGUGGCCAGCUGCUGUUGCACACUUCUCCUGAAGCUCAAAACAAAGAUGAGGAAGGAACUGAAAGUUUACGCUCAGACUCCAGUAAAACUGCAGAUCCGGAGCCAAUGAGACGACACGGUGACCACGAAGAUGCUGCUGUCCCGUCAGACAGCAACUGUAAAUCAAAGCUGACCAGUACCCACACGGGGAAGAAGGUAUUUUCUUGCAGAACUUGCAGGAAAGAGUUUAGUAGAAGUAGUACUUUAGUGGCUCACAUGAAGAUCCACACUGGCGAAAGGCCGUACUUGUGCAACACCUGCAACAAAACCUUUACUAGAUCAUCACAUCUUAAACGCCACAUAUCCACACACACGGGCGAGAAGCCCUACAUCUGCCAAACAUGUGGAAAAAGUUACACAGAACGUUCCAACCUGGUGGUUCACUCAAGGACCCACACUGGCGAAAGGCCGUACAUGUGCAACACCUGCGGAAAAACCUUUACUAAAUCAUCAAAUCUUAAAAGCCACAUAACCACGCACACGGGCAAGAAGCCCUACAUCUGCAAAACAUGUGGAAAAAGUUACAGGCUACGUUCCCAGCUAGUGAUUCACUCGAGGACCCACACUGGCGAAAGGCCAUACCUGUGCAACACCUGCAGCAAAACCUUUACUAAUUUAUCAGAUCUUAAACGCCACAUAACCAUGCACACGGUCGAGAAGCCCUACAUCUGCAAAACAUGUGGAAAAAGUUACAGGCUACGUUCCCAACUAGUGAUUCACUCGAGGAUCCACAUCGGCGAAAGGCCGUACCUGUGCAACACCUGCGGAAAAACCUUUACUGAAUCAUCACAUCUUAAACGGCACAUAAUCACGCACACGGGGAGAAGCUAUAUUAGUGCAAGACGUGCAACAAAGGUUUUAGCCGCAGAAUUGAUUUGCUGAGUCACAUGAAAAAUCACCCGGAGGAGAAGUCUAGCGACUCGUGACAAAUGAAGCUCAUGUUGUCGUCCUCCGGGGGCAGCUGUCCACUCCUGUCUGACCCACAGAAGAAGAACCCGCAGAAGUCCAACCCCCACCUCCUGUGGCUGAUGAGCCUAAUCCCCUCCCCACAAGGGUUGCAGGUUCAACCCGGAUUUAUGCUUCUCCGUCAACUUGACGCAGAGGG